CCUACACCACCACGAACAUGAAGACGAGACGACGGACCAAGGCCGCUGCAGCUGCAGCAGGCGACGACGAUGACAACGCGUCUCAGGCCGGCACCGACGACGGCCAGGGGGUACUCAACAUUACACUGCCGAACGACGUCGACAUUGACUCUUUGGCAACACUUCUGCCUGAUGUCUCCUUCACGUCGCUUACGCCCAGCGGCGCCGUGGCGCUGAUGAAGCUCAUUCAAACGCAAGCCAUGAUGGUGGACAACACUCAGCGUGAACUGGAGGAAUGCAAGGCCGAGGGCGAGAAGAAGGACGUGGAACUCGAUCAGGCUCUUCAAGACAAGGAAAAUACCGCUCAAGAGCUUGAGACUGCUCUGCAGCUGGCGAAUGACGAGUUGAAAACGGUGAAGGAGGAACGCGACAGACUCGCCGCGUCCCAACACACCUUGCAAUCCCAGGUUGCUUCCUACAACGCAUCUCAGACCAGCUCGUCGACCGAGCUUGACACACUUCGGCAUCGGCUGGACGACUCGGAACGUGAAAAGCGUGAUCUUGUCGCGGUCAUAACGCGUCUAAAAGAGGACAUCACACAACGGGAUGAGGAAAUUCAGACGCUCCGCAGCAACCUCAAGCAAGCGCGUCAAGACCACCAGGCUCUUGAGAGCCAAGUUCGUGAAUUACGGUCUACCGAGACUUCCACGAAGUUCAAAAUCGAUUCUUUGGCGCAACAGCUGCAACUUGCCCAGUCCGAAGUCCAGCGCACUUCAACCGAGCUCAGCUCCAAGACGGAAGAGUUCGCCAAGUAUCGUCGCGCGCGCCAUGCAGAGAUUACUCAGCUGCAGGCCAAGUAUGAUGCGCUACAACAAACUCACGGCCGCACAGAGAGCACGCUGAAGUCGCUCCAGACAUCACACGCCUCUCAGACCCACCAGCUUACUGCCGCACUUGCUCAGGUCGAGGACCUCAAAGUCAAGGUCGCCGAGCAGGACGCUCGCUACUCGAGCGAGGCCGCAGGGCUGAGAAGACUCGUAACGAUGAUGGAAGAGCGCGAGGCUGGUAUGAAGAUCAUCGUCGACAACUACGAGGCUGAGUGGAGGAAGGUGGGCGACGCGCAAGAGAGGAAGGAAGCUUUGUUACGCGACGACAUCGAGAGAGAAAGGCGACGGGCAGAUGAUGCCGAAAAGCGCCUUGAGCAAAUGGAGAAGGUAUUCGAGAAGAUGGACCGCGGCGAACUGCCAUUCCCCAGUGUCGCCAGCGGUGUGCCGCAGACACCGGGUACACCCGCAACACCGAGAUAUGCCGGGUCGCCCGACGUUUUCAUGCAGGGCAUCAUGGGUCUCAGCCCGACUGUCGCGAUGGCUAGCAGGGCGCAGAGAAGCGGCAGGACCUUCACGGAAGUGUAUGCGGAAUACAUCAAGCUCCAAGAGGAUUUCGCGAAGAAAACCUUCGAGUACGAUCAGAUGGAACGCACCCUUACCCAGGUGUUAGCACAAAUUGAGGAACGGGCCCCGACUCUCGCUCAACAACGUGCCGAGCAUGAUCGCGCUAUGGCCGAAGCCUCCCAGCUGGCUUCCCAGCUUGCUGACGCUCUAGCGGAGCGUGAUAAGCAGACUGCUGCCGCCAAGGAUUCCACUCAGAAGCUGAAGCAAAGCGUUCAGGAGAACGAGAUCCUUCAACAACAACUAGAUGACCUUGGGCGUCAAGUCCGGACGCUGCUCAGAGAGCUCGGUCGGCUACAAGACCCGACUAUUCCACCAGAUGAAGAACUCGCCCAAGAUGAAUCCACCGCGCCUGCUGAGAACAUUGAGCAGGUCAUCACCAACAACCUUGUUCUCUUCCGAUCCAUCAGCGGACUGCAGGAACAGAAUCAGAAGCUGCUCAAGAUCGUCCGCGAGCUUGGUUACAAGAUGGAAAACGAAGAGAAGGAGUAUCGUGAACGCAUGGAGCAGGAGCAGAACGAAGCGGUGGUCGAAGCCAUGGAGAUGAUCCAGACCCUCGAAGCACGGUUGGAGGCGCAGAGGAAGAGCCACGAGACGACUCUGCAGGCCUACAUCAAGGAACGGGAUUCGUUGAAGGCAAUGCUUGGUCGAUCGUCACAUGUCGGUCCUUCGUUGCCAAACGGCGAAGCUGCUCAGAUAAACGGCGUUGUCCCCGAUUCCUCCGAUCACGCCAGGGAACUGGCAGAGAUGAGGGAGCGUUAUGAGUCUACACAGACGGACCUUGUUGCUGACGCGGAGCGCAAUCGUGAGCAACUGGCUGUUGUUGAGCGCGAUGCUGACCGAGCCCGUGCCGAACUCGCUCGGCUGAGCGCGCGUGCUGAGAUUUUGGAAGAACGUCUGCGUAUCUCCAACGACCAAUAUCAGCAAAAGGUUCAUGAGCUCGAUGCCCUGUCUGAUCGUCAUCAGCGCCUGUACGAGCAAUGCACCCGCUAUGACAUCGAGUGCAAUAGGGCUACAGAGGAUCUUGCGCUCGUUGCGUCCAAGCUCGAAGAAAUGCGCAAUGAGAACGCCAAUCUCCGCGCUGAGAAGGCUAUCUUGCAGGACAUUCAAGACAGACUUUCUGAAGAAAAUAAGACCUUGUCACUCAAUGUUGACCAUUUCUCCAAACUUGUGACAAACAUUCAGAAAAUGCAGAAUGACCUGGAGCGCUCCGGAGAGAACGAUCGUCGUCGACUGGAGGCACAGAUCCAGAUGAUGGAGACCCAAGUACUCGAUCUACGUACUCAGCUCACCCAGGAACGGGACACUGUUCGCCAUCUGACACUGCAGAAGGACCUUGAGCUUCGCGACCUACAUGCGAAGGUUGAAAAGGCGCACCAAGAACUGAGUAAAACUCGGGAAUCAUUGAUCGGUGCUGAGACGAGCAAGAAGCACCUUGAGGAGCGCGUGGAAGAUUUGAGCAAACAACUCCAGGGCAACCAAGAGAAGCUUGCUGUGUACGAGCGUCGAAGUGACGGAGUUCCCGCACAACAAAUGCAUGCAGGAAUGAGCCGGGAGGAGCAACUUGAAGCUGAAGUGGCAGAGCUCCGAUCUUCAUUGAAGGUAGCGCAAGUUGAGUUGACAAAUGCCCGCAACCAUGUGCAACAGUUCCAGGAGAUCAGCCAAGCCAGCGAGUCUGCGCUGGCGUCUCUGAGCUCCACGUUUGACGAGUACAAGACGUCUUCUGAGGCUCAAAUAGCCAAGCAUGAGGCGGAGUAUACAGCAAUGAACGAGAAGCUGCACGCCGUACAACAGGAGCUUGCGCAAGCCUCUCAGAAGUAUACUGAACUCAAGUCCUCUUACGAUUCGGAUCGAGCGGCAUGGGCCUCGGAUAAGAAGACGCUCGAGGACACCAUUGUCGAUAUGAGCACUUCUGAGAAACACUCCGAGAGCGACCGGGUGCUCUUCGAAGCGGAGCUCCGUCAACAGCAGGAUCGUGUCAAGGCUGCCGAAGAUCGGUACUCUAGGGAAGUGAUCGCUCACGCAGAAACCAUCAAGGCACUAGAAACUGCCAAAGCUCAGCUUUCGACAGCUCAGAACAAGGCUACAGAAGGUGUCGCUGCCGCUGAGACCGCAAAAGCAAAUCUCAUUGCGUCGGAGAAUAGCUGGAAGCAACAGAAGGCGGCGCUGGAGAAGGAGAUUGCGGACCUCGCUGCUCGCUGCAAGGACCUCACUAGUCAGAAUGACACCCUCCAUCAUCAUCUUGAGUCAGUUAGCACGCAGGCCACGCGCAUCAGGCAAGCCGCGGACGCCUCGGCUCCAGUCUCGGAAGACGAUCAAUCCGACGACACCGAUUCGAAAUUGUCCGAAUUGCGAUCUGUGGUCGCAUACCUUCGGAAGGAGAAGGAGAUAGUGGAUCUACAGCUUGAACUCAGCAAGCAGGAAUGUCUGAGACUGAAGUCCCAGAUUGAGCAUCUCUCUCAGACACUUCAAGAAACUAGGCAGGCGUUAUCGGAGGAACGCGAACGGGCGGUUGAUGCAGCAGCGUCGCAAGCUCAGCACGCGGAGCUACUAGAAAAGAUCAAUCAGUUGACUAUUCUUCGCGAGAGCAAUGCAACAUUAAGAGCUGAAUCGGAAGCCAACGCUCGACGCGCACGCGAUCUGGAUUUGAAACUUCAACGACUCACAACAGAGUUGGAGCCCGCUAAGGAGGAAGCUCGCCUUGCUCAAGCGGAACUGUCGGCUCGAGAUGCUCAGCUACAACGUCUUCAGGAAGAGAACAAGAAAUGGCAGGAACGCAAUUCGCAGUUACUGACUAAGUACGAUCGUAUCGAUCCUGCCGAAGUACAAUCUCUGAAGGAGGAGAUUGAACAGCUGAAAAAGGAGAAAGAACAGGCAGUAUCCGAGCAGGAGCAGCGAUUAGCACAGUUGAGCAAGAUCCAGGAAAGCUACACGAAGCUCAAAGAUGCCGCGCAGCACAACAACGGAGUAUUCAAGAAGAGGAUGGCUGCCGCUCAGGAGAAGGAGGUCCAACUCACCAAGACCAUAUCUGAUCUACAGACUCAGGUUGAGGCAUUGACUUCUCGCUACAAUGACGAGCAGGCCGGCGGCGCUGAAGAACUAAAACGACUUCAAGAUCAGAUAUCUAAGAUCAAUCAAGAGAAGGCGGCCUUAGAAGCCGCUCUCAACGAGGCUAAGAACGCUGCCUCGGGUCCUAUCGGUGAUUCCGCAGAACUUCAGUCAACCAUUGCUGAGCUCCGGGAGGAACGCGAUCGUUUGCUCAAGGAGAAGGAAACGUGGCUAUCACAUGCGCCUAGUGAACCCAGUGGAGAUAUCGCUGGUUCUGGACAGCAGUGGCAGGCCGAGAGAGAUGAACUGAUCAAAGCUCGUGAUGAGGCUGUCUCGCAAGCACAAGUGGCGCAAGCGAAUGCGCAGAAAGCGCUUGAAGAGAUAAAAAAUGUCAAAUCUCAGAGCGAUAAGUUCCAGGCUCGGAUCAGAGAGUUGAUGAAGCACCGGCAAGCAGACUCCGAAAAAGCUGCGUCGCAGCAGGAAGCGGCGGUCGCAGCGGCGGUCCAGCAGGCAAGAGCGGAAGCCCAAGCAUCAACACCGGCUCCACCUGUCGAAGCACUUCUUGCGAAGCACGCAGAAGAGUUAAAAGCCCUGGAGAGCCGUCUCAACGAGAAACAUGCCGCGGAACUCAAGACUGCAGUCGACAAUGCUGUCGCCGAAGCCAAGAAACAUUCGCCACCGACUGCCACAGACGGCGACCGCGACGCUGCUAUAGCCCAAGCACUUGCCAAGGCUUCCGAGGAAUUCGAGGCGAAACUCAAGGCCGAGAUCGAGUCCGCCACUGAACGUGGGCGCUUGGAAUCUGCAGCGAAAUCCAGGCUGAAGGACCAGCAGCUGACGAAGGUGCAAUCCAAGGUGAAGGAGCUGGAAGCCCGCAUCGUAGAAUGGAAAAACGCCGGAAUUUUACCCGAGGAUGCGACGGUGUCUCCGACCAAGCCGAACACCGCUACGGCACCUGCUACCAAGCCACCGACAGCGACAGCGCCAGCUGCAACCCGCAAGCAAUCCGUGAACGCUGCCGCCGGAGGAUCCGCUCCAGCAGCGCCCCCAGCAGCCGGUAGGGGUCGAGGUGCGGCGCCUGGGCGUGGAGCUCGUGGGGCCGCGCGUGGUGGAGCGGCCGGCAGAGGGGCAUCCGCGGCGGCGGCGGCAGCAGCAGCAGCAGCCACUCCUACAUCGGGGUUGGCGAUCGCUGGCGCUGCGGGUAAACGGGCGCGGGAGGAUGGAGAAGCAUCUGAUGAUUCCGGCACUAAACGGUUGAAACCUGCUGAUGGCGCCGCCGCCAAACCUGUAACUUUACGCAGACCACCAGCAACAUAGCAUAUCCAUCCACGCAUGUAUUCAUAGCUGUUUUCAGAUUUGUGUUAUAUAAUGUGACUGCAUGGUAGAUCCUGUAAUCCGCUCGUAAAUCGC